AUGACAACAACAAAAAUGGAAGAUAAUAAUAAUAAUAAUACAAAUACUAUUAGUAGUGGAACAGAAUCUGAUAGUGAAUUUAGUAGUUCAUAUAGUAGUACUAGUAGCAGUGAUAGUAGUGAUAAUAAUAGUAAUAAUAAUAAUAGUAGAAGAAAACAUCAACAAGACGAAGACUAUAGUUAUUUAUUUGAAAAGAUUGCACCAAGUUCACCAAUGGAAAUGUUGAGAAGGUAUUCAGUCGAUAAUAAUACACUAAAGUUUAGAGCAAGGGUGGCAGACAACAAGAUCAUCAAGAAAUUAAAAGUACUAGAAUAUGUCAAUGACAAGAGAGACGAAUUUGAAAAGAAAAUAUUAUCACAAGGUGGAGCUUCUCAAAUCAUUAGAGCAAAAGAUAAAUUGGCUUUUGUUUUAGGAACAAGUAAUUUAUGUUUAAUAUUAUUUUUAUUUGGUAGAUAUCCAUGGGCAAUACCAAAGAUUUGUUUUAGUUUUAGUAACGGUCCGUUGAUUUGGGCGACCGUAGCUUGGAGAAACUCGUUGGUUUUCCAUUCACUAGACAAAGCAACGAGUGUCCUAAUACACUUGUUUCCUGCAAUUGUCACAUCGAGCAUUCGUCAACAGAUGACACAGGUUGGAGACGACGAGGCGUUUUUCGGGACUUGGACAGAGUCUCUGGGCAUCCCACUGGCAUUCUACUUGGCAUGGCAGACCAUCUAUCUCUAUGUCAUGCUAGACCUAAAAAAGAAUACCAUCAAGGAACGCAAUUACAUCACUUCGCUAAGUUUCCUAACCAAUCGUGGUGGAAAGAGUAUCAUGACCAAAAUACUCAAUAUCCUUCCCACCAAGAAACUCUAUGUAUUUAUCAUCUCGCAACUCCUAUACACUAUCCUCACAAUGAUGCCUUGUAAGAUAUUUUAUAAUAAUCCUACCGUUCAUCUAUGCUUUGUCUUUGCAAUGUUGGUUGUCACAUUGUGGAACGGUGCCAAUUAUUAUAUCGACUUUUUCAGUCGCAACUAUCUCAACCAAAUCAAGGAAAAAGAGGACAGCUGGAAAAAGAUUAUCAACUCUUCGAUUGGCAAUACAUCGUCUGCACCAAAUGCAUCGUCAUCGACCACAGGUGAUUCAUCUGCGCCAUCCACACCAACUCUAAGAGGAUCAUCACCAUCAUUUGCACCAACACCAGUUUCCUCUCCAUUACAAACACCCAGCUUUUCAAUUGGAUCAAAGUAUCCCAUCGACUCUGAAUACGUUACUCUUGAUCAUUUUAAUUCACCAAAAUUAAAACCUUCAGGUCCUCAACAAUAA